AUAAUCCCUUAUUAUAUGUAAAUGUUAUUUCUACACAUAUAACACUACUUCUACAUGCAAAUGGUGUACCACCUAUAAAUAUGUAAUUUCAACCUACCCUGUAUAAUGUCUCAUGUAUGUUAUAAUUCCCAUUUUCUGUACAAACUUCUUUUAUUUGAUAUAUGCGUAUUUGUGGGAUCUUUUUAGACUGAAAAUUAACAUUUAAUAUAAUAAUGAUAAAGCUCUUCUGAUUCUAGUCUGAUGGAGCUCAUCUGCAGCUCUCAGGGCCUCUGGAAUCACUGCGCAUGCGCGCCAGCCUGCGCACCGGAGCAGCGCUAAUGGCGGAGAGCGUACGGUCGCCGUUUGACUACCGGGAGCCUCCGACCCUCGACAGUGACGGGGAAGGCAGCAAACCGCCGCCGCCGCGCGGGCGUGUGUGUGGCAGGAAGAGGAAGGGGACGCCGGUGAAGGUGUGUGAGCGAGCGGCGUAUGUGUCAGAAGAUGAAGAAGAGAGUCUGUCUGAACACAGCUACAGCCCAGGGGACGAGCAGUAUGCUGAGGGUGCUGAGGACAGACUUCCUCCUCCGGGCAGCCCAUACUACAUCACUGACCACUCACAGCUCUGUGUGCCAGAACUCGGUGAGGAGGGUUCGAGUGGAGUCCGAGGGCCCGUUCUCUUCCACCCGCCACCUAACUGCAGGAUUAGAGAGGUGCAUUGUGGGAGUCAGGUGCGGCUUGUCGUCAUAGCGAUUCGAGACAUCUCUAAAGGGGAAGAGAUCACGGUGGACUACAGCCUCACUGACUGGGGAGAAAAUGCCAUGGGUUUUCAUGGUUCUGUGUCCCCACGAGGCUUCGAGUGUGGAUUUAACUCCGAGAACAACAUCAAGAAGGAGGAGGAGCCGGGUUCACUUCCCCUGUCUCUCAGUGUUUCUGACUAUCUCACUCCGUCAUGGUCUCUCUCGCCCUCCUCCUCACCGCUCUCUCACUCUGAGGCCAGCGACUCGGACCGAGAGGAAGACGAAGAGGAGGAAGACGACGACGAGGAUGAUGACGACGAUGAGCUCGAGGAACUGAGAGGCCGUAUGAUGAGACGCCGCAAGAAACAGAAAACUGCAGCCGCCGUGAAGAAAAAGGCACCACCCAGGACCCAGCCCCGCCCCCUGCCCUUCACUCGCCCCGCCCCUUCUUCCUCAUCUCCCUUCCGGCAGUCUUUGACCACACCCACCACAAACAUAAACAAUAACAUAAACAUUAACAUCGGGCACGGCACGAGCAGCUCGCUCACCCACCGGCAGCACUGUCCCUACUGCGGGCGUCACUUCCGCUCGCUGGCACGUCAUCUGGAGAAACAUCACGACCAGCAGCCGGAGGUGAGAGCUGCUAUGGAGCUGUCUCACCUCCAGACGGCCUCGCCCGCCUUACCGUUCGCAUCUCCCACUCAACCCCCGUCCUCUUCCGGACCCUCGCUGUUUUCCCACGAGCACGAAUCCUCCACGCCUAAACCCGGAGCGGUGUCAUUCUCUCUCUCGCUGGCUCCGCCUCUUCCCUCAAACACCUCCAAAAAGACUUCUGCGGCAGCGAGUAAAAAAGGCCCGUCGCCCGCAGCCAGUGCUGUCAAGACCCCACCCGUCACGCCCAAGCCCCCUGCCAGGAGGGGACGACCUCCAAAGAGAGAGAAAGCAGAGCAACAGAAGAAACACGAGGAGGUGAAGCUGGCCCAGGACGAAGCUCCUCCCACUCCAGGUCAGAAGGAGAAUGAAGAUGACACAAGAGGUGAUGGACGUGGAGACCAGAAGAGCGCCGAGAUGGAGAGCAGCUGUCCGCGGUCACACACGUCUCCUCUUCUCUCCUCUCUCUCUACACUGGUUCUGUAUCUCCGGCGACAGCAGCACACUUCUUUUCUCUCUCUCUCGUGCUCUCCGGGCUCGGCCGAGGCCUGGCGUCUGCUCUGUCAUUCCAGUUUGGCUCUUCUGAUCCUGUACAACCGUCACCGCGAGUGUGAGGUGGCCAAACUCACCAUACAGGACUACCGUAACCGCUCCAGCCCCUCCUCCCUCUCACCGCUGGAGGCGUCUCUUUCACCGUUUGAACAGCACGUCCUGUGUCACCUGCCCCGGGCGGGAGUGUUAGGCAAGCGCGGCCGCGUUCAGCCCCUCGUCCUUCCUCCUCACACCGAGGCGUGUCUGGAUCUUCUCCUGAAGACCUCGGCGGACGUGGGCGUCGACCCGGAGAGCCAGUACGUCUUUUCCAGGCCGUACCACUCGCCGGCCACGCCGCUCCGCGGGACAGAUCUCCUCCGGGGUCUGGCGCGCUCCAGCAGCGCAAAAAAUCCCACGGCGCUCACCGCGCCUCGCGCUCGCCAUCAGGUGGCCAUCUUCACUCAGCUCCUCCUGCUGGAGGAGGGCGAACGGCCCGUGGGCGCUUCCGUCAAACGACUGGAAGAAUUCCUACAGAGAGAGUACCACGUGACUCAGAACUGCUCCCGGAUUGGUCAGGACCCGGGGCUGAUGAGUGGGGUGGGGCGGGUGGUGCUGUACGGAGAGAGAGACGGGGUGCUGUUCAGAGGAAUGAGUCUUCAGCACAUCUGUCUUGAACUGGAUGUGAUGUCAGGAAAAUCUGCUGACUCGUUCUCUGAGGAUUCCGCCGGAGAGGACGGUAAGAAUAAAGACAGAGCUCAGGUGAAAAAGAAGGGAGGGUCCAAAGGUCGAGUGCCACGCCCCAAAAAAGCCCCGCCAGCCACGCCCUCACCGUCGGCUGCACACAAGAGGCGGGGCACACAGGUGAAAUCAGGUAAACGUGGCGUUCUGAAGCGGCCCUGGUCUGAAGCCGAGCGGGUCGCCGUGGAAACGCACCUGAAGCAGAACAUUGUGGAUCUGAGGGUCCCGGCGAAGGCGGACUGUGAGCGCUGUCUGCAGCACUGCCCCCUGCUGGUGUCCAACCAGCGCGACUGGAGGGCCAUUAAAUUCUACUGUCACAACCGCAUCCAGUUACUGAGGAAACAGGGCCGAAGAGACGGAUCUAUGAGGGCUGUCUGCUAACACAACACCUCACUCACAUCCAAAUCAAUAACAUACAAACCUUCACACUUACAGGGACACUUCACCUAAAAAUGAAAAUUCUGUCAUCGUUUACGCACCUUCCAGUUGUUCCAAAUGUGUAUAAAUGUCUUUUUUCUGAUGAAUACCAAUAAAGAUGUUUGGAAGAAUGCGUAUAACCUGACAGAUUUUGCCCCGGAUUGACCCACAUAAUGGGAAAAAUACAAUAGUGUUCUAAAGUGCCCCAGAACUGUUUGCUGUCCUACAUUCUUCAAAAUAUCUUCUUUUGUGUUCAACAAAACAAAGAAUUGUAUACAAAUUUGGAACAUAACUUUUCCAACUAUGGGGGUCAAUAGGGGGCAAAAUAAUGAUAAUAAUUAAUUACUAAUCCGUUACGUUUAUAUAGCGCUUUACAUGGAAGGGGGAAUCUCCUCAACCACCACCAAUGUGCAGCAUCCACCUGGAUGUCCACCACAAAUCAGCUUUUCCCACUAUGGGGGUCAAUCGGGGGCAAAAUCUGUUUGGUUACAAGCAUUCUUCCAAAUAUCUUUCUCUGUGUAUCACAACAAAGACUUUUAUACGGUUUGUAACAUCUCAAAGGAGAGUAAAUGAUGACAGAAUUUUCUUUUUUGGGUGGGUUGUUGUUUUAAUGUCCAUCACACACACCUCCUUCAUUCCCGUGUCCGUUAGCAUCAUAUAUUCAGCUCAACAUCCAUCAGAGGACGUGUGCGCUUCAGUAUCCACACAGCUCUGGAUCUUUCUCUGUUUGACCGAGUUUGGGUUUCAGAGCGAGACGUCAGUGAUUCUGUCACGUGUAAACAUGUCUGACUCAUAUAUUUCUAGAUUAAAUCACACGUCAGUAUUCUCACCACAGAACAGAAACAACACAGUAUUUUUUUUCUCAACAGAGACGGCGUAAAAGAUGUGUAAAUAGUUUCAUAUAAAUACAAACACACAUUUCACAUUCCAGUUGAGUGUUGAGCGCUGUUGUUAUUAAACAGCAUUCAUGUUCUUGUUUUCACAUGUGAAGGGUGAAGUAUAAGGCAGAUGUAUUUCUGACCUCAUUCAUCUGAAAAGGUUUGUUGUCUUAUUAUUUCUUUUCUCAAAUAUAAUCCGAUUUUUGCUUGUAAACUGGUCCACUGAUGUUUAUUAUAUUGGAACCUCUCAUCUUUAUUUUCAUCUGGGUCAGCACAUGCACAUCAUGUUGUUUUGUGACCUGCCGUCCGGCAGCCUCGAGUCUGUUUUAUAUCAGUAUAUUCACACACGCACAUCUCUCUCUUCUGUGUACAUUGAUGUAUUGUAACGCUGUUAGACUGUAGAGAUGUUUCUGGAGUGAUGUUGUACAUUCUGUAAAUAUUGAUUGACUUCUAUAAAAGAACCACAUUUUAA